UGUCCAGAAGGGAGCAGACAGACAGACAGACAGGCAGAUCUAAGCCCUCUCGGGUCCUCUAGCCAUGAGGCUCCUCUGGGGGCUGAUCUGGGUGGCCAGCUUCUUUGCCCUGUCCCUGCAGAAGCCCAGGCUGCUCCUGUUUUCUCCUUCUGUGGUCCACCUAGGGGUCCCCCUCUCGGUGGGGGUGCAGCUGCUGGAUGUCCCCUCAGGACAAGUAGUGAGAGGAUCCGUGUCCCUGAGAAACCCCUCUCUCCAUAAGGUCCUCUGCUCCCCAAAGGUGGACUUCACCCUCAGCUCAGAAAGACCCUUCACACUCCUCAGCCUCCAGGUCCCUCUGAAGGAUGUGGAGAACUGUGGCCUCCUUCGCCUCCGCGGAGGCCCUGAGGUCCAGCUGGUGGCCCAGUCACCAUGGCUGAAAGACUUUCUGUCCAGAAACACAGACACUCAGGGUGUCAACCUGGUCUUCUCCUCUCGCCGGGGGCACCUCUUCCUGCAGACGGACCAGCCCAUUUACAACCCUGGCCAGCGAGUCCGGUACCGGGUCUUCGCUCUGGAUCAAAAGAUGCGCCCGUCCACCGACACCCUCACGGUCAUGGUGGAGAACUCUCACGGCCUCCGCGUGCGGAAGAGGGAGGUGCACAUCCCCUCGUCCAUCUUCCAGGAUGACUUUGUGAUCCCCGACAUCUCGGAGCCGGGCACGUGGAAGAUCUCAGCCCGAUUCUCAGACAGCCUGGAGUCCAACAGCAGCACCCAGUUUGAGGUGAAGAAAUACGUCCUUCCCAACUUUGAGGUGAAGAUCACCCCAGGAAAGCCCUACAUCCUGACAACACCCGACUCCCUUGGUGAAAUCCAGUUAGACAUCCAGGCCAGGGGGAUCUACGGGAAGCCAGUGCAGGGCGUGGCGUACGUGCGCUUUGGGCUCCUGGACGAGGAUGGCCAGAAGACUUUCCUUCGGGGGCUGGAGAAUCAGAGCAAGCUGGUGGAUGGCCAGAGCCACGUUGCCCUCUCUGAGGCCGAGCUCCGGGGCGCCCUGGAGAAGCUGAGCGUUAACAUGGCUGACCUCCCGGGGCUGCGUCUCUACGUGGCCGCAGCCAUCAUCGAGUCACCAGGGGGGGAGAUGGAAGAGGCGGAGCUCACAUCGUGGCAUUUCGUGUCCUCUCCCUUCUCCUUGGAUCUUAGCAACAGCAAGCGGCAUCUCGUGCCUGGGGCCCCCUUCCUGCUGCAGGGCCUGGUCCGGGAAUUGGCAGGCUCCCCAGCCGCUGGCGUUCCUGUCAAAGUUUCUGCCCAGUUGUCUUCUUCUGGGUCUGUUUCUGAAAACCGGGACCUUCAGCACGUCACGGACGAGAACGGCCAGAUCACCAUUCCCAUCGUCAUCCCUCAGACCACCUCCGAACUGCAGCUCCUGGUGUCCGCGGGCUCCCCGCAUCCCGCCACGGCCAGGCUCAUCGCAAGAGCCCCAUCGUCAAGAGACUCUGCCUUCCUGUCCAUCGAGCGUCUGGACUUCCGGCCCCCUCGUGUCGGGGACACUCUCACCCUGAACCUGCGAGCUGUGGGCAUCAGUGGGACGGCCUCUCAUUUCUACUACAUGAUCCUAUCUCGGGGCGAGAUCGUGUCACUGAAGGGAGAGGCCGGGAGGGCCCUGACCACGGUCUCCGUGUUUGUGGACCACCGCCUGGCACCCUCCUUCCACUUUGUGGCCUUUUACUACCAUCGAGGCCUCCCCGUGGCCAACUCCCUGCGAGUGAACGUCCAGACGGGGGCCUGCGAGGGCACGGUGGAGCUGAAGGUGGAUGGUACCGAGUUCCGUAACGGGGACCUCAUGAAGCUCCGCGUACACACCGAUUCCCAAGCCCUGGUGGCCCUGGGAGCUGUGGACACGGCUCUGUAUGCAGUGGGCGGCAGGACCCAUAAGCCCCUCGACAUGCGCAAGGUCUUUGAAGUUAUGGGCAGCUAUGACCUCAGCUGUGGUCCUGGGGGCGGCGACAGUGCCCUGCAGGUGUUCGAGGCCGCAGGCCUGGCCUUCUCUGAUGGAGAACAGCUGACCUCCGUUAGAAAGAGUCCAGGCUGUCCCAAGGAGACGAAAGCCCGGAGAAGGAGGAGCGUGGACUUCCAAAAGGCCAUCAGUGAGAAGUUGGGCCAGUAUGCGUCCCCCAUGGCCAAGCGCUGCUGCCAGGACGGGCUCACCCGGCUGCCCAUGGCACGCUCCUGUGAGCAGCGCGCCCUUCGCGUGAAGAGCUCGGCCUGCCGGGAGCCCUUCCUGUCCUGCUGCCAGUUUGCCGAGAGCCUGCGCAAGAAGAGCCGGGCCAGGGGCCAGGUGGGCCUCGCCCGAGCCCUGGAGAUCCUGCAGGAGGAGGACCUGAUGGACGAGGACGACAUCCCUGUGCGCAGCUUCUUCCCGGAGAACUGGCUGUGGAGGGUGAUCCCGGUGGACCGCUCCCAGACGCUGACAGCCUUUCUCCCUGACUCUCUGACCACGUGGGAGAUCCACGGUGUGAGCCUGUCCAAAAGCACAGGCCUGUGCGUGGCCACGCCAGCGCGAUUCCGGGUGUUCCGCGAGUUCCAUGUACACCUCCGCCUGCCCGUCUCCGUCCGCCGCUUCGAGCAGCUGGAGCUGCGGCCUGUGCUCUACAACUACCUGGACAGAGACUUGCCCGUGAGCGUCCACGUGUCCCCGGUGGAGGGGCUGUGUCUGGCUGGCGGCGGAGGGCUGGCCCAGCAGGUGCUGGUGCCUGCAGGCUCUGCCCGGCCGGUGGCCUUCUCCGUGGUGCCCACGGGGCCCCCGCCGGCCGCUGCUGUGUCCGUGAAGGUGGUGGCUCGAGGCUCCUUCGAGUUCCCUGUCGGGGAUGCAGUGUCCAAAGUUCUGCAGAUCGAGAAGGAAGGGGCCCUCUCCAGGGAGGAGCUGGUCUAUGAACUCAACCCGCUGGACCACCGAGGCCGGACCCUGGAAGUUCCUGGCAACUCUGACCCAAACGUUAUCCCCGACGGAGACUUCAGCAGCUUCGUCAGAGUGACAGCCUCAGACCCGAUGGACACUUUCGGCUCUGACGGGGCCUUGUCCCCGGGAGGCCUGGCCUCUCUGCUGAGGCUGCCCAGGGGCUGUGGGGAGCAGACCAUGAUCUACCUGUCCCCGACGCUGGCGGCUUCCCGCUACCUGGACCAGACAGAGCAGUGGAGCACGCUGCCCCCCGAGACCAAGGACCACGCUGUGGAUCUGAUCCAGAAAGGCUACAUGCGGAUCCAGCAGUUUCGGAAGACAGAUGGCUCCUACGGGGCUUGGUUACACCGAGACAGCAGUACCUGGCUCACAGCCUUCGUGCUGAAGGUCCUGAGUGUGGCCCAGGAUCAGGUGGGCGGCUCGCCCGACAAGCUGCAGGAGACGGCUAGGUGGCUGUUGUCCCAACAGCAGGCCGACGGCUCCUUCAAGGACCCUUGUCCGGUUAUCCACAGGGACAUGCAGGGGGGCCUGGUGGGAAAUGACGAGACGGUGGCGCUCACGGCCUUCGUGGUCAUCGCCCUCCAGCACGGGCUGGUCGUCUUCCAGGACAAGAGUGCCGAGCAGUUGAGGCAGAUGGUGGAAGCCUCCAUCUCGAAGGCGAACGCAUUCUUGGGGGAGAAAGCAAGUGGCGGGCUCCUGGGAGCACACGCGGCCGCCAUCACCGCCUACGCCCUGACGCUGACCAAGGCCCGCCAGGACCUGCAGGAUGUGGCCCACAACAACCUCAUGGCCAUGGCCCAGGAAACUGGCGAUAACCUGUACUGGGGCUCAAUCCCGAGUUCUCAGAGCAAUAUCGUGUCACCCACCCUGGCUCCUCGCAACCCGGCAGACCCCGUGCCCCAGGCCCCGGCCCUCUGGGUUGAGACCACGGCCUACGGCCUGCUGCACCUGCUGCUCCGGGAAGGCAAGGCAGAGAUGGCGGACCAGGCUGCAGCCUGGCUCACCCGCCAGGCCUCCUUCCAAGGGGGAUUCCGCAGCACCCAGGACACGGUGAUCGCCCUGGACGCCCUGUCUGCGUACUGGAUCGCUUCCCACACCCCCGAGGAGAAGCUCCUCAACGUGACGCUCAGCUCCAUGGGCCGCAGUGGGUUCAAGUCGCACGAGCUGCGGCUGAACAGUCACCAGAAGGGCAUGGAGGAGGAGCUGCAGUUUUCCUUGAGCAGCAAGAUUACUGUGAAGGUGGGCGGGAACAGCAAAGGCACCUUGAAGGUCCUUCGCACCUACAACGUGCUGGACAUGAAGAACACAACCUGCCAGGACCUUCAGAUCGAAGUGACAGUCCAGGGCCACGUGGAGUACACCAUGGAGGCCAACGAGGACUACGAGGACUACGAGGACGAGGAGAAUCCGGCAGGGGACGACCCAGGUGCCCACGCACAGCCUGUGACGCGCCUGCAGCUGUUUGAGGGCCGGAGGAACCGCCGCCGGAGGGACGCUCCCAAGGUGGCAGAGGAGCCGGAGUCCAGAGUACAGUACACCGUGUGCAUCUGGCGGAAUGGCAAGGUGGGGCUGUCUGGGAUGGCCAUUGCAGACAUCACCCUCCUGAGUGGAUUCCACGCCCUGCGGGCUGACCUGGAAAAGCUGACCUCGCUCUCCGACCGUUACGUGAGUCACUUCGAGACUGAGGGGCCCCAUGUCCUGCUUUACUUCGACUCGGUGCCCACCUCCCGGGAGUGUGUGGGCUUUGGAGCGGUGCAGGAGGUGGCCGUGGGGCUGGUGCAGCCGGCCACUGCAGCCCUGUAUGACUACUACAACCCCGAGCACAAAUGCUCUGUGUUUUACGGAGCGCCGAGCAAGAGCAAGCUCUUGGCCACCUUGUGCUCUGACGAUGUCUGCCAGUGUGCUGAGGGGAAGUGCCCUCGCCAGCGCCGCGCCCUGGAGCGGGGGCUGCUGGACGAGGACGGCUACAGGAUGAAGUUUGCCUGCUACUACCCCCGCGUGGAGUACGGCUUCCGGGUUAGGGUCCUCCGAGAAGACGGCAGAGCUGCCUUCCGCCUCUUUGAGACCAAGAUCACCCAAGUCCUGCACUUCACCAAGGAUGCCAAGGCCGCUGCUCAGCAGACUCGCAACUUCCUGGUUCGAGCCUCCUGCCGCCUUCGCUUGGAACCUGGCAAAGAAUACUUGAUCAUGGGUCUGGAUGGGGCCACCCAUGACCUCAAGGGAGACCCCCAGUACCUGCUGGACUCCAACACCUGGAUCGAGGAGAUGCCGUCUGAAGCCCUGUGCCGGAGCACCCGCCAGCGGGCGGCCUGCGCCCAGCUGGACGACUUCCUCCAGGAGUACGGCACCCAGGGGUGCCAGGUGUAGGCCUGCCCCCCCAGGGGAGCCGAACUGGGGAAGGGCAGGCCCGAGCGCAGCCCAGGGCAAGGGCAGGGCUAAUAAAGGCCUUUGGCAGCAAA